AAGCAUACACACACACACGCACUCAAAUCCUGUCCCACCCACUUCUUCAAAGUUAACUACGCCACUGAAAAAGACCCAUUUCUGAACUCUGAACCAAAGCUUACAACUUCUGUCUUAUUUAUCGGUCAGUUUGAGAUUGAGAAACCAGAAUGUCUCACACUGUCAUACCCAUGAACUCUUCAACGCUCGUCAUCCAGCUGCAACCAGCAACACAAACAGCUCAUGAUACGAUGGAGACAAAUGCUCCUGGACCUGUUUAUGUACAACAGAUGACGGGAGCCGCACCUCUUCAUGGACUUCAGGCAUUUCUGAAAGGCCAACCGAAAGCCCUUGGGACGGUCCAGAUAAUGAUCGGUCUGAUUACUCUGCUGUUUGGCAUUGUGUCUACAGUUUAUGCUGAACCCAUCUUUGUCUAUACUGGUAUUCCUUACUGGGGAUCUCUCAUCUACAUUACCGCAGGUUCACUCUGCAUUGCUGCAGAAAACAAAAUUAAUUCUCCCUCCGGAUUUUGUUUGAUGAAUGCUUCACUGGGAAUGAACAUUUUCAGUACGAUAACUGCAGGCAUUGCCAUUAUUUUACUUUCACUAGAUUUUUCUAUAUGGCGAUACUAUUACUGCAGUGAUUCUUCUUGUUAUUUAUCAGUGGCAAUGUAUAAGACUCUCUUCUGGGGAAUCAGAGGUGUAUUAAUGUUAUUCGCCGUGCUUGAGUUUAUAGUCUCCAUCUGUCUGUCAGCAUUUGCCUGUAAAGCCAGUGCCUACAGUUCUCCUUCUCUGGUGCAGUUUGUGCAGUCCUCUGAUUUCAUACGUUUCCAUGAUCUUAACAGCUCAGAGAUACCUGUGGCAAGCAGCUCUUCCAUUCAUCACCAGCCUGCAGACACUCCUCCACAAUACAGUGAAUCCAAAUAAAUAUGAAUAAGUGGGCUGUUAAAACAAAAAAUAUGUGGGAAUGUAUUAGAAAAUAUAAUGCGAUAUAUUAAAUAAUAUAUUUUUAUAUAUUGUUAUUGUUAUCUUAUAUUUUUCUGCAUACUGCAAUAUAUACUGCACCACAAUUUUACAUGUAAUAACUUUAUUAAAACACUCAAUUUCGAUUUCAAAAGUUAUUGCUUAGGUUCACAUAUAGCUGAACACAAACUUUUCUCCCACUUUAUUGUUUGUAUAGUUACACAUUUCAUAUAUGAAAAUAUUUGUGACGUAUAAAAGAAAACUGUACUGAAAAGAUAAAUAAAAGUUUUGGACUUUUAGACGA